AUGGCCUGUAGAUGUGGCCCGACCGUUUUGUCACAGGCGGUUGAGGCGCAGGUACAUAAUGUUUCGAAAACGGCCCAGGUUUUAAGGCCUAGUAGCACUUUUGAGGAACAGGCUUAUCGGGUGUUAGAUGAGAGAGUGGAAGGGGUUGAAGUUAAUGAGAGUCAGCAUGAUACAGAGGUUGAUAAUGGUGUUGGGGAAUUAGCCUUAUAUUUAGAUUCUUCUGAGGAGGAUUUUAUUCCUCCUUCUCCCAGUGUGGUUAGCCCCCUUCACCAGUUUAGACCUGCAGUCAGGGCAUCGGGUGAUUUAGUUUUAAGGGGUGAGUUAAGAAAUUUGAGGGGUAGGAAUGUUGAUGCGGUUGAAAAUUUACCUGUUUCUAAUAAUGUUUUUCUUUUAGAAGGGAAUGAGAUUGGGUCACGGCCUGUGAAUUCUCCGGGUUUCUUGGUGGUGGGAAAUGACGGCCUGAGUGGGGAAGCUUAUGGCCUUCAGGAAUCCUGGAUGGAUAAUAUCAGGCUUGAUAUGGAGGAAGGCGUUCCGGGGGCGGGACGUUCUAAUGCAAGGGGAGAAGAAGCAGGGGCUGAAAGAAGUCAACAAUUGAUGGCUAAUACGGAACCUAGGACUCCUGGGUUCCAGAAUAGGGAGAAGGUUACGGCUGCAUCUCAAGGGGAUCAGUCUGCGGCGGCUCAGGAUCUUAGGACAGGUAAUGAGGGAUCUGGGGCUGUGGAUUUGAAUGUGGGGGUUGGAAAAGUUGGUGUGAAUGUUGAUCCUUUAUCAAUAACUGUUGUAGUGGGUUUAAGGGACUUGUUAGCCAAGUUAGAAGGUGCUAAAGUUUCAGGGGGAGUCGCCAAUUCGUGGGUUCCUCCUGGAUCUGCACCUCAAAAUGGGUCAUUAGGGAGUUCUGAUAAAGAUGACAUUAUGAAACAUGCCAGACAGAAAAAAGAUCUGUCACAUGCGGGACACAAAAUACAAAUUUUCACAGAUCUGAGCCCGGCCACUUUACAGAAGAGGAGAGACCUCAGCUAUAUCACCACAACACUACGACAUUAA